UUCUUUGGCAUAGAAAUAAACUGCCCCUGAUGAGUUAACUGAAAUUCCAUAACACUGAUGAGUAACAGACGACAGCAGCAUUUUUCGUUUCGAUUAUUUUUCCAUUUCUUGUUUCAGUCAAAAGAGAAAAUGAUGCGCGGUGUGCGGAGGGGCUGCGUCAGACUGAAAGGGGCGGUAAUCGGUAUAGAUGACGAGGACGAUAGUACGUUCACAGUAACGGUAGACCACAAAACUUUCCAUUUUCAGGCGAGAGACGCCGAAGAACGGCAAAAAUGGGUGCACGCCCUCGAGGAGACCAUCAUCAGGCACGGCAGCAGGAUGAGGUGGGAUACUCAGCAACCGUCGCCUACAAUAAAGGAUUUGGACAUCCGAGUAUCUGAAGCUGAUGCAUAUCUUCAAAUUAUGAUAGACCAAACCAAGAAAUUAGAAGAAAAAAUUACAACAAUGGCUGACUCCGAGGAAAAAGUAAAGUGCCAGCUGAUUUUGGACCACGCUAACAUUAUGCUGGAUAACAUCAAACACUCCAUAGUUCUUUUACAAAUAGCCAAGAAUACGGCGCACCCAGUGAACGGCAUUUAUCAUCAAAGACCAGGACCUUCCAAUAAUAUGUCGUCGCAGGAUACCUUGUCGGUGCAUGGAGAGGCCGUCGUUCAGCAAGGCAUCGAAUUAGGUUCAGAAUGUAUCGAAAAUGCGAGGAGACUCAGCAGAAUCGGUCCGGCAACAUCGCUGGUGGUUCCUGAUAUGUCAUAUUCCAGUUCAGAAGGGGAGGACGACUUUUACGAUGCAAACGACUCAAUGUUCACUACAGGAAGUCAAAUAACAACACCAACUAGCAUUAGAUCAUUUGAUAAUGAUGCCCAAACCCCAGUUCCUGUCAAUAAAACUACAGUACCAUCUCUAACGAAUAACACUAGGCAAGAAAGUAUCCGUUCCAGAUCAACAAAUUUCGAAGACUUAGACUACGACGCACUUUAUGAAGAAAGUGACGAAAACUUAUUAGAACUAGAGAGUCAUGGCAGUGUCAUCAGGCAUCUGCUGUCUCAAGUCAAAAUAGGUAUGGAUUUAACCAAAGUAGUACUGCCCACAUUCAUCUUAGAAAGGAGAUCCUUAUUGGAAAUGUAUGCCGAUUACUUUGCCCAUCCUGAUAUGUUUGUAAAAAUAGCCGAUCUCAAGGACCCCCGCGAGAGGAUGGUACAAGUCGUGCGAUGGUACCUCUCUUCCUACCAUGCCGGCAGGAAAAGUUCGGUGGCCAAGAAGCCCUACAACCCCAUCUUGGGCGAGGUGUUCCGAUGCCAUUGGGACGUGCCCGACGCCGAUAUAGGCACCAACGACAGCUUGGCCGAGGACGGGCCGGUGCCUUGGUGCAAGAAGAGCCAACUGGCCUUCGUCGCCGAGCAAGUGUCCCACCAUCCACCCAUAUCAGCCUUCUACGCCGAGCACUACAACAGACGGUUGUGCUUCACCGCGCACGUCUACACCAAAUCCAAAUUCCUCGGCCUCUCCGUCUGCGUGUACAACAUCGGCCGUGGCGUGGUCGACGUCCUCGACUACGACGAGCAGUACAUCCUCACCUUUCCCAACGGCUACGGUCGCUCCAUCCUCACCGUGCCCUGGAUCGAGUUGGGCGGUACGGUGACGAUCGGCUGCCCGAAGACGGGCUACAAUUGCACGAUCGAGUUCGUCACGAAGCCGUUCUACGGCAACAAGAAGCACAAGAUCCUUGCCGAGGUGUUCGCGCCCGAGGAGAAGAAGCCAUUUCUGUCGGUGAGCGGCGAGUGGAACAGCGUGAUGGAAUACAAGUGGACUGACAAGGAGGUCGAGGAACAAGUCGACACCAACACCUUGAACAUCGUUAAGAAACAAGUGAAACCGAUUAGCCAACAGGAGGUGAACGAAUCACGCCGGCUGUGGAAGGAAGUGACAGCUGGAUUGAAGUUCAAUGAAAUAGAUAGGGCGACGAAUGCCAAACAAGCGUUGGAACAGAAACAGAGGGAGGAGGCGAAAGAUAGGAAAGAAAGUGGGGAGGAGUGGCAUACAAAGCUGUUUGUGAAGAAUGGUGAGGAUUCAUAUGUUUAUGCCAAACCUUUGUAUGAAAGGUUACCUUCGCAACCAACGAACACCUGAAAACAAAUUGCAAGAGUUAUUUGUUAGGAAUGACAAUGACACUGCUUUUCUAAACUAUCCCGAAACAACCUGUUUAUUACCUGAGUUAUUUGUUAGCGAACUGUGAUAUAUAAAAUUGAAGAAAUUUAUAGAUUAUCACGUCGGGCUACUGAAAAAAUUCUCGAAUUUUGGUGGUGGGAUAAGAACUGUAUACAUAGGUAAGGAAUAAAUGAGAGAAAACGUAAGAUGAUAUUAUCGAUUUUUAUUAAAACAUGUACAGAGAGAUCAUUUUUGAAUUCUAUAUUUGUAAUUACUUUGUAAGUUUUUUUUACUAAUAAACCAAAUUCUGUAACACGAAAUAUUGUACAAGUCCAAAAAAGUUAUUAAUCAAACAUUGCUCUGAAUUUCAGAUUCAUUAAUAUUAAAUUCAUCUUAUUCUAAAAUGUAUAAUUUUGUCAGAAUCAUGCAAUUAACGGUAUUCAAGCCAUUUCUAGUUAGUUGAAUUUGGUCGUCAUAUGGAAUAUAAAAGAAUGAACAAUAAAUCAGUCAACACCUAAUGACAUUCAUUAAUAAUAACUUGAGAAAUUAUUGCCAUUCGAUGUUAUACAUUUGUGAAAGAAUUUAGAAAUGUAUCCUGGAGAAUGCAAUUUUAAACUACUUCCAGUUUUCUGAAUACCAAGAAUGAAAAUUCUUUGAUAUUCUCUCACUGUACUAAAGGCUUUCUGCACUACUAACUACAUAAAAUCAUUAUGAUAACAUCAUUUUACGUAAAAAUACUAAUAUCAAUUCAAUAAAACCCAAUUACAAUAUUCAUUGUCUGGGAUGAUUCACCAUCAUGUUACAAUACUUUUGCGCAAUGACUGUCAACCAUUAGCAAUAAAUACUCUCAAAUGAAUGCUAAUAAUUAAAAACUCGCAUAUCCAUGUCAGAGACAAACCGUUGUUUAGCUGAUACAUGCU